CCCAUAUUACAGGCGAACCGGUUGUCAGGCAGUGAGCGCAGUUCCGGCGCCAGGAGCAGUUGUUUGAAGUUGGAGUUUGUUUGUGGCAGCGGAUCCGGACGCCAUGGGGAAGAGGCAGCACCAGAAAGAUAAAAUGUACAUUACCUGUACAGAAUAUACAAAUUUCUAUGGUGGCAAGAAAGCAGUUAUUCCACAAGCAAACUUCCGCCGCCUGCCCUUCGACCACUGCAGCUUAUCUCUUCAACCUUUUGAGUACCCUGUAUGUACCCCUGAUGGAAUGGUGUUUGAUCUCCUGAGUAUUAUUCCAUGGAUAAAGAAAUUUGGAACUCAUCCAACCACUGGCGAGAAAUUGGAUGUUAAAUCACUCAUCAAACUGACCUAUCACAAAAACAGUGAAGGAAAGUACCAUUGUCCAGUGAUGUACUCUGUCUUCACAAACAACUCACAUAUAUUGGCUAUCAAGACGACUGGAAAUGUCUAUUCACAUGAGGCUGUGGAGCAACUGAACAUUAAGACCAAGUGUUUCAAAGAUCUCCUUAACGAUGAGCCCUUCAAAAGGGAAGAUAUCAUCACGUUGCAGGAUCCAUCCAAUGUGGACAAGUUUAAUGUUUCAAACUUUUUCCAUGUCAAAAAUGACCUGAAGGUGCCUGAUCCAGAGGAGGAGAAAGCAAGAUCAGACCCGUCAUACUAUCUCAAAGCCACCAGUCUGGAACUGAAGGAGACUUUGAGUGAGCUGUACAGAGAUUAUAAGGGAGAUGAAAUCUUGGCAUCUAUCAUGAAAGAACCAGAACAGAAGAAAGUGGAUAAAAUAAAUGCGGCACAUUACUCUACAGGAAAAGUCUCUGCUUCUUUCACAUCUACAGCAAUGAUGCCAGAAACUACGCAUGAAGCAGCUGCAAUUGAAGAUGACCAGGUUCGUUAUCGCUACGUCAAAAAGAAGGGAUAUGUCCGACUCCACACAAACAAGGGGGAUCUGAACCUGGAGCUGCACUGUGAGAUGACUCCAAAGGCAUGUGAAAAUUUCAUCAAGCUCUGCAAAAAGGGAUAUUAUGAUGGAACAAUCUUUCAUAGAUCAAUCCGAAACUUUAUGAUUCAAGGAGGUGAUCCCACUGGUACAGGCACUGGUGGAGAGUCAUACUGGGGAAAACCUUUCAAGGAUGAGUUCAAACACAACCUCUCGCAUUCAGGGCGAGGUAUCCUCAGCAUGGCCAACUCGGGACCCAACACCAACAAGUCGCAGUUCUUCAUUACAUUCCGCUCAUGUGUCUAUCUGGACAAGAAGCACACAGUGUUUGGAAGAGUUGUUGGUGGUUUUGAGACCUUGACAGCUAUGGAGAAUGUGGAGAGUGAUGUAAAGACCGACCUGCCAAAGGAAGAGAUCAAAAUUGAGAGGACAGCAGUGUUUGUGGAUCCUUUUGAAGAAGCAGAUGUUUUGAUCGCCGAAGAACGUGAGAAAGCUCGGAACGAGGAGGAAGAGGAAAAGGCCAAAGCAAUGCCAGUUGUGCCUAAAAGUAGUUCAAAUGAUGGCCCAAAAAUCUACCGGCAAGGUGUUGGGAAAUACAUUAACAUGGCAGCUACAAAACGAGUGGCAGUGGAUCAAGAUAGUAGCCCGUCCACCAGCAGCAGCAGCAAAAAGAUUAAAGGGAUUACUGGUUUUGGUAACUUCAGCUCAUGGUAGAACUGAAGCAAUCUGCAAAUGAAGAGACCAGCAGCAGACAGCAGUGUUGGCACUCAACUCGACAAGAUUUCUUUCACAUUCAAAAGACCUAUAAGAUCAAAGGUUUCCAAAGAAGUGACUGAUAUUCAAUGUAAAGUUCUCUUUCUGCAAUAAGUAAAUGUAGUGAGGUAGUGAAGUAUAAUGUUAAAGUUUCCAUUUUUAGUGUAUAUGAGAGUGUUGCAUUUGUUUCCUUGAUGAUGGACCAGGAUCUGCAUAUUGUUGCAAUCUGCCGAUGCUAUGACUAGUUAUCAUUUCUCUUUUUAUUAAAAAAACAUAAAUUUUCUUCAUGUUGCUCCAAUUAAACUAACAUGUUUCUUAGCUGAGAUGAUUCAUCCUGCUGUUUGGUGGUGCGAUCCUGUUGAGUUCAGACUUUCUCAUAUGGAAGCUAAGCAGAUGUAAAAGGACAUGUGUUUGUUUCCAUUGCAGUGAGUAACUCUGGCACUGCCUCUGACCGGACGACUCAAAUAAAGCUCAUUUUACUUUCAUAAAAUGAUUGAAACAUUACAGAGUGCUCUUCCUGCUCCAGUAACUUCUGCCGCUUUGCUAAGGACUAAACAAAGCUCAACGUGAGUACUGUGGCUACAAUAAAAGGACUUUAGUCAUCAAAAUGGUCUAAUCUACAAUGUGUUGAGGCAGGAAAUGGCUCACUUGAAUUAAUUUGAGUGGAGACCCGGCUGUUCUGCUGCUUCAACAGGCCCCAACAGUGAUGUUGAAUUUGACGCAGAAGUACCCAGUUGGGUAAGAUUGAAAAUACUUAUGAGGUGGGACCUAGAUAUAAGAUGAACUAAUAUUUCUUUUCCCCCUCAUUUCCUACUGAGAACAGAGGACAUUGUAUGCUUGUUAAUCAGAAGGCUUAUUUUCUGCAAACAUGGAAUUGGAGUUAGCAAUAACAUUAGAUUGCUUGGGAAAGGACUCAAAUCUGAAUCAUCCCCAAAUUUUCAUGUACAAGUGGUCACAGUGAUUUGUAUAUUUAUUUUUGAUGCAUCUUGUCUAAUUGUUAUCAUUGUAUUAAAAUACAGCUCCAGUUAACUAGCAUUUCAGUCUCUAACCGAGAAACUUGCAAAUUCCUUCAGAACAGUAAAUCCAUUGCCUUUGGUUUGGAUUAAAAACUGAGGAAUAAGUUUAAAGUUUACUAAAUGCCACAUUGCCCAUCCUAGUCACCGAUAGGUAGUGGGAGGACUGAUUCAAAACAUUGCAUUCCUGAAAUGUUUUUGCAGUGCUGUUAGGCAGGGUAUUCCUGCACAUUAAACCAGUGACAGUGAAGAGAUGCAUCUGUUUGUUAAUGUCAGAAUGUUGUGUCUUGAAGAGGUGAGAGGAGUGUGGUGCUGUUUCCCCAAUAUUGCCGCUCUUUAACAGCUGAAGUAACAGGAAAGAACUGCUGUCAAAGAUACCUGGGUGAGCAAAUGUGAAUUCUGUUGAUCAUAAUACAGCUAUACUGAAAAGGUGGAUGCUUUCAUUCUGACUCCCAUGGACCUCAGCUUCUUUUAAGAUCCUUAGUACCACAUUUACUGAAUUGCUAACUUGACAUUAAGGACAGCUACUCCUACCUCUCCUGCCAAAUAAUGUUUACUUUCAUGUCUGGAUCCAUCUGGUGACUGGAUUCAGUGAGCUGGUUAUUGGUGUCACUUGAUGGUGCUUUUAAGAAUUAAUCCUAACUCUCUUGAGAGGCGACUAAUAGCAGAAUAAUUAUUACCUGUUAUUUAUUGAAUAAGGACAUGCCCAGGCAAUCCUGCAAAUCAUCAGAUAACUGCCAGUGUCAUCUAGGCACUGAAAUAGCUUGGCUGGUAAACAGGGUAUUCAGCAUUACAACCAGAAUAUUGUCAGUAUCCUUGGCUGUGCCCAAUGAACUCAACAGCUUCCUAAUGUCAUAGAUAUGCCAAAUUUGUUAGGCAUUGGCAUUACAUAGUGGUUGAAGGGAUAGAGGCUUCGGGAGGAAGCUGAGCAGUUUGUCCAAUCACAGAUUCUUUAUCCUUCAGUUUUACUCAUACACUAGCUGUUAACAAUUGAGAAUAUUCAUGGGAUAUCAUGCUGGAUCACUUAAUAAAAGGUUAAUUCAUCUAAUUAACAAUUUUUACCAAAGACAUUAAUGUUAUAAUGCAAUACAAACUUGGAGAUGGACAAGCUUUAGUGUAUAUAAGCAUACAGCUGGUAGCAUUUCUGAUAAAUGCAUUACGUAGAUAGCCCUUCUGAGAAUUUGCACAUAUAUAGCUGCUAUUUGCAAUAGGCUUCAAUAUUAGAUUUUCACCUGUUGUCUGUACAGACCAAGCUGUCAAGCCAAGCAGAUUGACUGGACUCGAUCCCAAGCCAGGUAGACAGUCAUGAGCUGCUUCUUGAACUUGCCUCUUUGCAAAUAAUGCAAUCAUAAAGGUUCCCUACAAUAUGAAAAAGCAGUUAGCAGUAACUUAAGAUUUGAAAGUAUUCAUGUGCAAAAGUAUUAAAAUAUAUGCACAUGACAGAAACCCACUGUCAUAGACGCCUUAAAAAAAAAACCUCCUCCUGAAUCUGGAAUGUAAUGAACAACAAUCCAUGACACAAAACUAGCAAUAGGUAGCACUAGGUUGAUAGAUCAGUCACUAGCUAUGCCUGACCUGGAUCACAAGAUCUGGAUAACGUACUAAAAUUGUAUUCCCACCAUAAAUGAACAGAAAAGAAAUAAUUAAAUAAAUUUACAUUGGAAAGUAAUGUUAUAAUGAUCACACAUCAUAAAAUGCGAAUAAUAAUCUAUUUAGAGGAUUAAUUGAUUGGAAUUCUGUUUUGCACAUUGUCAAAGUAGUCAUUUAUGGAGCAGAAUUUCGAUUGCUGAGCUCUCAUCCUGAUGUUUUCCUUAGUAUAAGCAGAUAUUCCAUAAUAUAAAUCAGAGGGAGUCUCUUACUAUUCAUAUUUGGGACAUAAUUGCUGCUAGUAAGAUCAACAUUCAUUGCUGUUAUUAAUUGCCCUUGAGAAGGUGGUGGUGAGCUGCCUUCUUGGGCCAUUGCUGCCCAUUCCAGGUUUCUGAUGCAACAACAGUGAAGGACAGCGAUAUGGUUCCGAAUCAGAAUGAUAUGUGAUUUGGUAAGUAACUUUCCCAUGUUGGUGUUCUGAUGUAUCUCCUGCCUUUGUCCAUCUGAGUGAUAAAGAUUGGUUUGGAAGGUGUUAUCAAAAGAUUCUUGGCCAGUUGCUCAUUUCCAAAUUUUAGGUUUUUGGCGGUUCAUCUCGUUUCUGAUCUUUCACUUUUAUCCUAUUGUCGGAAAGGAUGUAAGCUCAUUGGGCUAAAUAACACUGCCUUUUAAACUUGGGACAGCCAUGUUGCACUGGAGAGGUGAAAGGGAGGUGAAGCAAACCACAUGUUAGAAGUUAGCUGAUACGGGUUUGAGGGGAUCACUUUAUAGAAGAGAAGCACUGCCAGUGUGGCACUAUUGGUAAGAGAGUGGGAAUCCAGCAUUGACACCAAAGAUUGAUAACACCAGCACCCUGUCUGUUGUGGACAAUAACGAGAACUUGGCAAUUUCAAAUCUUUGUCAGCUGCAGGGACUGCAGCACCAUGUACCUCUGUUUUGAGUACACAUAGGUAGCCUCAGCAGAAUCACAGAAUGUAUCCAUCAUGUACUUUGCUCUGUUACUGUGCCUGCAACUAACAACAUAAUUGUAUCUGAUUUCUGCCUAUUUUGAUUAAAAGUACUCAAGUCCCAACUUGGGUUGAAGCCUG